UUGUGGGGGGUAGAGCUGCAGUCCGCGCGACACAGAACCGCAGUCUUGGAGUAAACCUCGUCGACUGCACAGAAAGUCGCCCGCGUAACGUUGCAUCGCAGCAACUAGUUGACGCGUUUGGAAACUGAACUCGCUCUUAUUGGGCAUUUAAUAGCGAUAUCCUCGCCAUUUACAAUACACGAGAGAGAUCUCCUGAUCGGAAGAGUUAUUCUUUUUUCCAGUAUUAAGGGCUUUUUCGGCGAAAUACAACGUCCAGCGGUCAAGUGGAGUUCAAGAAGGCGUACUUUUCCUCUUUACUUUUAAAGACCGUUAUUAAAAGUAUACUUCUAAUUUCGAACCCCUCUCUCGAGCGCAGCUCAGCAGCGGUUUUGAGUUAGAAGGCAAAGACAUGACGACCGAAACCCCGCAGCAGCAGCUGGACCCGCCGCCACCUUUAAGAUCAAGUCCGGCGUCUGGAGUUUUGCACUCCGCCCUGAUGAACACUCAGUCCGUUGUGGAGAGCGCCGCGACCGCAGCCUCAUCUAAAGGCAAGAAGGCGAACUCUGGACUUAGGCGUCCCGAAAAGCCGCCCUACUCGUACAUAGCCCUCAUUGUGAUGGCUAUCCAGAGCUCGCCGACCAAGCGGCUGACGCUGAGUGAGAUAUACCAGUUCCUCCAAGCCAGGUUCCCGUUCUUUAGAGGAUCUUACCAGGGCUGGAAGAAUUCCGUCAGGCACAAUCUAUCUCUGAACGAAUGUUUCAUCAAACUGCCCAAAGGCCUGGGAAGACCGGGCAAAGGCCACUACUGGACUAUUGACCCGGCCAGCGAGUUUAUGUUCGAGGAGGGGUCAUUCCGUCGCAGACCUCGGGGAUUUCGCAGAAAGUGUCAGGCUCUGAAACCCAUGUAUCGGAUGAUGAACGGCAUUGGUUUCGGCACCUCCAUAUUACCUCAAAGUUUCGAUUUCCAAGCGCCCUCUGCAUCUUUGGGGUGCCACACCAACAGCUACAACUUAGAUAUGAUGACGAAUUCCAUGGCAGGAGGAUACGACGGACUCAGUGGCGGCCACCACGUCCCUCACAUGUCCCCAAGUCCUGGAUCAACGUACAUGGCCAGCUGCCCGGUAACGUCUAACGGAGAUUACGGCCCAGACAGCAGCAGCAGCCCUGUGCCUUCUUCCCCUGCGAUGGCUAGUGCCCUGGAGUGCCAUUCCCCCUAUGCAAGCACCUCCGCGCACUGGGCAUCCUCCAGUAGCUCUCCGUACAUCAAGCAACAGUCACUGGCUUCAAAUAGUCCUGCGUCUUCCAGUUUACAUUCUAGCAUGUCCUCGUACUCUCUGGAGCAGAGCUAUCUCCAUCAGAACGCCAGGGAGACGGCUGACAUUUCAGUGGGAAUACCUCGAUACCAGACCCAUUCCUCGCCCGUGUGUGACAGAAAAGAUUUUGUUUUGAACUUUAACGGAAUUUCUUCAUUCCACCCGUCGGCGAGCGGGUCUUACUACCACCACCAUCAUCACCACCACCAUCACCAGAGCGUCUGUCAGGACAUCAAGCCGUGCGUGAUGUGAAUGACGCGCGCCGAGGUGCGCGGGCGGUAACGCGUAAGGUGACAGUCAAUACAAAGACACCGUUUCUGUAUUUUAUGUCUGUAGAUAAACUCAGAAACAAUAAGAAAAAAAUAUUGAUGUGACGAACAAAAUGAAAAUGACCAGAAAUACGACUUAGAGUUAUAAGCAACACAUACAUACAUAAGCAAAUAAACACUUAAAAGGGAAGAUACGCCAUUGUUUCUCUGCCUGCAAACCACUUCGCUUUGUGUCUAUUUUACGGUUUCAACAAUGCAUAAUGUACUUCUUCAAAAGAAGUAAAAAAUAUCAGUGUGUAACGUUUUCAG